AUGUCGUUGAGCGUUAGAGUGGUGCUCCCCGGUGGGGACUUUAUCUUCAUUCGAGGACUUACAUCGAAUAGUCUGGUGAAGGACGUGUUGGAUCGAUUACAGAGCCAAAUGCCGACGCUUCCGCCUGGACUGCUCUGGUAUCAAGGUCGUGCACUUGCCGAAGCGCAUACCCUCGCUGAAGAAGGCAUCACAAGCGGCGUCUCGUUGAACUGGACAACCGCGUCAUCUAAACCUAAAGAGACUUGGAAAGGAGAACACAUAUCAGAGGGCUUUGUUCCCGGGGAGGCGCUCAAAGCACUGGUGCCGUUCAGCGAGCAGUUAAACGCCUGGACGCUUGGAGACCUACGAGCUGGAAAGCUGCGAGCGUUCUGGAGGCUCCGUCAACUACAGACUCUAGGAACGAUAGACGGAGACACAGCCCGGGUUCCAGGUUCCGUCGAAAACGCUCAAGAUACUGAGCAGGCGUUGCGAGCCGGACUAGAGUUGGCGCAACGCACGCUAGCUUCAGUGUCCAAUACUUCGUUGAGCACACUUGAGAACGAGACAGAGGCCCGCUGGCGUCUUGAGCAGCUAGCUCUGGCACUUCGCUGGCUUAGUGACGGGCUGUUCUGUGUCAGUGCCAUCGCGUCGGCGGGUGCCUAUUCCGGCCGAGGCGACGCAGAAGAAGCCUUGGGUUGCACCGCUGCACUCCGAGAACUGCUAGGGCGGAUCCAGUCGAGCGAGUCCCCCGGGUUCCAAACUGAGCAAGCGGAAUCCCAAGCAAAUGUCUCCACUUGGCAACCGGAGAUUUCAUCAAAGUCGACAUCGGCUUCCAGGUCGGGUACAUUGUCUUCAAGGGCGACUGGCGCAGGCUCCGUGCUUGCAACGUCGCUUGGUGGCAUCGCAGGCGCAGCGACGGCUAAGAAAACGACAUUUCGAACACAGGCAGUCCCUGCUGCGUCGGUACCCAAGCGCUCGGCAGCUUUUGCGACAACUCGAAGCGCGCCGGUCAUAGAUUCUCGACUGGAGUCGCUCAUUGACGAGUCGGAGCUGCAGCGAUGGAAGGCUUUACUCGCAAGGGAUGCGCGAUAUCAGCCGUCAGCAGGAAUGCGGACACUGAGUGUGCUCUAUCGCUCUACAGGCCGUCAUAGUGUUGGGCUCUGA